AUGGCAUUAUCACAUUCAAAGGCCACCGAGCACACUUUAAUUCUCUGCACUCUGUUUUUGGUUAUUCAAAUUUCACAAGUCUGUUCAUACUCAGACCCUUCAGUUUCUCACUCAAGAGUGGAGUUUCUUCCAGGAUUUCAAGGACCCCUUCCUUUUCAACUCGAAACCGGGUAUGUAGGGGUGGAUGAAUCAGAAGAUGUCCAACUCUUCUACUACUUUGUGAAGUCGGAAAGAAAUCCUAAAGAAGACCCUCUCAUUCUUUGGCUCAACGGAGGCCACGGCUGCUCUGCUUUAAGUGGAUUCAUCUACGAAAUAGGUCCGCUGUAUUUCGAGGCAGUGGAGUAUAAUGGGAGCUUGCCCACGUUGGUGUUAAAUGCAAAUUCAUGGACCAAGGUGGCAAGCAUAAUUUUUGUAGAUUUGCCCGUUGGUAGUGGAUUCUCCUAUGGAAGGACUCCACUUGCUUCUGGGUCUACAGACAUUCAAUCAUGCCACCAAGCCUAUGAAUUUCUAAGAAAGUGGUUGAUUGAUCAUCCUGAAUUCUUUUCAAACCCAUUCUAUGUGGGGGGAGAAUCGUACACUGGAAUAACUAUUCCAAUUAUCACUCAACUAAUUUCAAAUGGAAAUGAAGCAGGCAUUGAACCAUUUGUUAAUCUCCAGGGAUACAUGCUUGGAAACGCUGCAACAUUUCCAUAUGAAAACAACUUUCAGAUCCCAUUUGCUCAUGGAAUGGGACUUAUUUCGGAUGAACUCUACGAGUCGCUUAAGAGGAGUUGUGAAGGAAAGUAUUUUAAUGCAGAUCCAAGCAAUACAGAGUGUAUCCGAUUUGUUGAAGCUUUUGAUCAGUGUACUAGUGGAAUUGAUACUUAUCAUAUUUUGCAACCCAACUGUGGUCCUGAGCCCCCAAGGCCGCAAAAAUGGUAUAGUAGGAGGAGGAGAUCUCUUGAUGAGAGAAUCACAGAGCUCCACAAUCCUAAAUCAUCUGUUUCCGCAUUUUACUGUCGUAUUGAUGGAUAUAAGCUUUCUUAUUAUUGGUGUAAUGACAAAAAUGUCCAAGAAGCACUCCAUAUCCGAAAGGGAAGCAUAGGGAAAUGGGAGAGAUGCGCCUCUAAUUUAUCUUAUGAUAUCACUUUGAUUUGGGACAGUAUACCUUAUCACAUAAAUCUCAGUACUAAAGGUUACCGAUCUCUGAUAUACAGCGGUGACCAUGACAUGAAUGUUCCAUACCAAUCCACCCAAGCAUGGAUAAGAUCUCUAAACUACCCAAUUAUUGAAGACUGGCGAUCUUGGUUAUUCAAUGGCCAAAUUGCUGGUUAUACGAGGGUUUACUCCAAUAAGAUGACAUUUGCAACAGUGAAGGGAGGAGGCCACACAGCUCCAGAGUAUAAUCCCGACGAAUGUGCAGCUAUGUUCAAAAGGUGGAUAUCUCAUGAACCUCUAUAA